ACUGCCAUAUUAUGUGUGUCAUAGAAAGUACGUUGCCAUGUGAUUUGUCAUGCUUAAUCUUCAUUUAUUUCACUAAUUUUGAUUUUGUUCAUCUUCAAAGCAGCAAAUUCCUUACAAUGUAUUAAAAUCCCCAACAAGACGCGUCUUCACAAGAGAAACGCAGUGGGUGAGACUCUCCUGCACAAAGCAUGCAAGAGAGACGAUCUGGCACAAGUGAAAGCACUCAUUCAAGCUGGGAUCUGCGUCAACAUGGAGGAUAAUGCAGGCUGGACAGCUCUCCAUGAGGCCUCUGCUGUGGGUGAUGCAGCAGUGGUUGAGGAGCUGUUGAAGGCUGGAGCUAAUGUUCAUGCUCGAGGCUUUGAUGGUGUCACACCCCUGCAUGAUGCUGUUUUCGCUGGACACUAUCAGGUGGUGAAGCUUCUCCUUCAGUAUGGGUCAAACACCAGUGACAAGAAUGUUGGUGGCCUCAGUGCACUGGACAUAGCGGUGGAGGAGAAUAUGAAAGAGCUGCUCUUAGCUUUCCAAGCAUCAUCUGUUAUGCAUGAGCAGCCUUGUGAGGCACCUGCACAAUACAGACGAGCAGGAGUGUGUCAGACUACCUUCGGCAGCAUGUGCUGAAAAGUCAACUCGUCUGCUUGGCUUCAUGUCAGAGGACCUUGGUGAAGAUCCUCCAGAGGCAAAUGCAAUUGGUAGAGGUGUAUGAAACCAUGAAGGCCAAACUUUGCAUUCAGCCUCUCAACCAUCCGCAGCGAGAUCACCUCUCCGCUCCAGCUUCCACACCAGCCUCUUCUAAAGCUAGAGAAGCACAUAGCCAUAAGGACCUUACAGUGCCCAGACCUCCUGCUCCGUUACUGACCAAGGGGAAGGAGGCUCUGACACACACUGACGGGCUGAAUGAAAGAGGCAGCAGCUGUCAGAGCAGUGCCCCACAACCAGGAAAUACUUCACAACACGUCAACUUCCAGAUGAAAAGAAAAUUUGCACUGAUACAGACAAGAGCUGAAGACAACAGCAGACAUCUCUCUAAGCUCAUACAAAGGGGAGUCCUGCCAUCUGGAAGUACUCUACAGCUGUUUUUGAAGGGUCACCGGCACCUUGCUCAAGUACUGGGUGAUUGCCUGAUAAAGGACAGUAAAGGCAAGUUGCACCUGGCUCCAGAACGCUGGCUGGAGUCCAUCCUUGGUAACAACAUCCCUGUCAGCUCAGCAUACGCCUGGGACAAGGUGACGUUCAGAGACAAACCUUUGUCUUAUUACUUAUUGAACAUGGAGGCCGAAGGAAACACACCACAGACAUGUCCUGGGGACUGCAGUGCCGGAUCUUCUCAGGGGCCGCUGACCACAGUUUCUGCCAAGGCAACCAGCCUGAACCGUCUCAUGAAAAUCAAGAUAAUCCAUCUGGUGGAUGAUGAGGAACUACUGCCAACUGCUGUGCUGGACUGCUACUGGGAGAAGCUCUUGAAUAAAGACCAUACUGAGUCUGAAGACUGGGGCAAUGAAUUAUUAUAAUGAUCUCUCCCCACAUUUUGCUCAUACUUGUGUUUGCUUUGACAAUUUAACUUUACAAGUUAACUAACUCUAACUCAGUGAACUGCUCUCAGCAUGGUUGUGGCCUCCUCUGAGUAGCAUUGAAAAGUAUUCAGCUAUCUUCCUUCCUUUCCCAUUUUAUCUGAACUUGCUGUACUUCAGCUUUUAAGUCGUAACUGUUGAUAUCAGACUAAAAAAGGCCAAAAAGUUGUAACUGAAGUGAUGGCAGACUGCAAUCUGUGGUCGACUACAGCCCAAAACUCACUGUUGAAGUUCAUCUGAGCGUUGUUCAUGUAUCUCUGGUAUUUGCAUUGUUAAAUGUAAUAUU